CUCCACUUCAUGGAACUUCAUCUGGUAGAUCAAUGAUGACGCGACGUGACCGGACUUGCGAUUGAUUUGUCUUCAAAUUCGAGUGGAAAAGGAUCACCGCCACUGGAACGUGAACCCCCCAUUCCCCUCCACCCCUCCACUCUUUGAGUAUGGACUUAGUGAGCCCGGCCCAUGUGCUGCUGGUCUUGGUGUCCUGCCUGGUGUUGGCAUGCCUGGCCCAGGAGAAGGACUACACUGUGAAGGAGGAGCAGCCCGAGAACGUCCGCAUCGGGAACCUGCGGCGGGACCUCGACCUCAACCUGGACCCGGCCGUGCGGCUCUCCUCCCCGCUGCAGUUCAAGCCUGUGUACAAGACGGGCGACGUGCCGCUGGUGCGCGUGGAGGCCAACACGGGCGAGAUCUUCACGACCAACCACCGCAUCGACCGCGAGAAGCUGUGCUCGGGCGUGUUCGCCGAGAAGCGCUGCUACUACGAGAUCGAGGUGGCUGUGCUGCCCGACGAGAUCUUCCGCCUGGUGAAGAUCCGCUUCCUGAUCGAGGACGUGAACGACAACGCGCCGCUCUUCCAGUCCACUGUCAUCAACAUCUCCAUCCCCGAGAACACGGCCAUCAACACUCGCUACCCGGUGCCCUCGGCCUUCGACCCCGACGUGGGCCUCAAUGGGAUCCAGCACUACGAGCUGGUCAAGAGCGUGAGUGAGUUUGGCCUUGACAUCAUCGAGACCCCUGAAGGCGAUAAGUGGCCCCAGCUCAUCGUUCAGCAGAACCUGGACCGCGAGCAGAAGGACACCUUCGUCAUGAAGAUCAAGGUGGAAGACGGUGGCAACCCUCCAAAGUCCAGCACCGCAAUCCUCCAGGUCACCAUCUCUGACGUCAACGACAACCGGCCCAUCUUCAAGGACAGCGAGCUGGAGGUCAACAUCCCGGAGAACGCGCCCAUCGGGACAUCCGUGGCACAGCUCCACGCCACCGACGCCGACCUGGGCUCCAACGCCCAGAUCCACUUCUCUUUCAGCAACCAGAUGUCUGCGGCCACCAAACGCCACUUUGCCAUCGACGGCUCCUCGGGUAUGGUCACCGUCAAGCAGCCAUUGGACCGUGAGGUGACGCCAGUCCACAAGCUGAUUGUUCUCGCCAGCGAUGGCAGCUCCACCCCCUCAAGAUCCACGGUGACUGUAAACGUAACGGAUGUUAACGACAAUGUGCCCUCGAUAGACAUCCGCUACAUAAUUAACCAGGUUAAUGGGACCAUUGUGCUGUCUGAAAAUGCUCCUCUCAACAACAAAAUAGCCCUCAUUACAGUCACAGACAAGGACGCAGAUCUUUACGGCAAAGUAGCCUGUUACACUGACCACGAUGUCCCUUUUCGGUUGAAACCAGUCUUUAAUGACCAGUUCUUACUGGAAACGGCAGCCCCACUAGACUACGAGACAACGCGGGAAUAUGCAAUUAGGAUAGUUGCCUCGGAUAGAGGAACGCCGCCACUGAACACUUCAGCCAUGGUUUUAAUUAAAAUCAAGGAUGAGAAUGACAAUGCACCUAUCUUCCCCCAACCGGAGAUCCAACUUUCCAUACCGGAGAACAAUGACCCAUCAACACAGUUAAUAAAAAUCAGUGCCACCGACGCUGACAGUGGGCAUAAUGCUGAGAUUAUUUAUACUCUUGGCCCCGAUGCGCCUGACGGGUUUAACAUAGACAGACGAACUGGGAUCCUCUCCGUUGGCAAGCGGCUUGACAGAGAGAAGCAGGAGAGGUACUCGUUCACUGUGGUGGCACGGGACAAUGGCUCCACGUCUCUGCAGAGCAAUGUCACAGUCAGGCUAAUCGUGCAAGACCUCAAUGACAACAGCCCUGCGUUCACACACCCCGAGUACAACUUCUAUGUGCCCGAGAACCUGCCUCUCUACGGAACCGUCGGCUUAAUCACAGUCACGGACGCGGAUGCGGGGGAUAAUGCUGUUAUAACCUUGUCCAUUUUGAAUGGGAAAGAUAACUUCCUCAUCGACCCUGUAACCAGCGUGAUCAAACCCAACAUCACAUUCGACAGGGAACAGCAAAGCUCUUACACAUUUAUGGUGAAGGCAGUCGAUGGUGGACAGCCGCCCACCACCUCCUAUGCCAAGGUCACGAUCAAUGUGGUGGAUGUGAAUGACAAUCGCCCCGUUUUUGUCAUCCCUUCCUCCAAUUACUCCUAUGACCUUGUCCAGACUUCCACCAACCCCGGUGCAGUGGUCACCAGAGUGUUUGCCAUUGACAAUGACACAGGUAUGAAUGCUGAGCUUCAUUACAGCAUUAUCAGCAGCAUCAUCAUAACCUCCAGGGUCUCCCCCAGGGGCCUCUUUGCCAUAGACAAGGCUACAGGGAAUAUCACCCUACAGGAGAAAAUAGUGGCAGCUGAUCACGGGCUGCAUAGGCUUGUGAUUAGGGUCAAAGACCUGGGCCAGCCUGAGUCCUUUCACGCCAUCGCACUCAUUCACCUGUUUGUAAACGACACUGUCUCUAAUGCCACCUAUAUUCAAGAGCAGCUACGGAAAAGUAUGGAGACACCUUUGGACCGUAACGUUGGAGACAAUGAAGUGACGCCCCAAGCCAGUGGAUACGUGAUCGUUGUCAUAGCGAUAAUCGCCGGAACCAUGACUGUCAUCCUGGUGAUAUUUGUGACGGCCUUGGUGCGCUGCCGGCAGACGCCGAGGCACAAAGUCGUCCAGAAGGGGAAGCAGAGCGGAGAGUGGGUGUCGCCGAACCAGGAGAACCGGCAGAUAAAGAAGAAGAAGAAGAAAAAGAAGCGGUCCCCCAAGAGCCUGCUGCUGAACUUUGUGACCAUCGAUGAAUCCAAGCCUGAUGACCCCACCCACGAGCACAUUAACGGCACGUUGGACCUCCCUGUGGAGCUGGAGGAGCAGACCAUGGGGAAGUAUAACUGGGCCACGACGCCCACCACCUUCAAACCUGACAGCCCAGACUUAGCCAAGCAUUACAAGUCUGCGUCCCCCCAGCCCACCUUUCAAAUCAAACCAGAGACACCGGUGGCCCCAAAGAAACACCACGUAAUCCAGGAGCUCCCCUUGGACAACACGUUCGUGGUGGGCUGUGACUCACUCUCCAAAUGCUCCUCGACUAGCUCCGACCCGUACAGUGUCUCAGAGUGCAGCUGUCAGGGGGGAUUCAAGACUGCAGGGCAGAUCACCACUCGACAGAAUCCCAACCAGACGUCGGAGACAGGCUUCAAUUCGCCAUCCCCAAUCUGUCCUCAUAAGGAGGCCUGUCAACUUGGCAAGAUGGCGUCCGUAAAUAUUCAGCGCCGGGUGACGUUCCACCUGCCAGACGGGUCCCAGGAGAGCUGCAGCGACAGCGGGCUGGGGGACCAGGAGCCCAGCAGCACGGCCAGCACCGCCACCCAACCGCUGCCCCUGGGCUUCCCCCAGGACCCCUACUACGAGCAGGCCUCCCCCAGCAGCCGCACCGAGGGAGACGGCAACUCAGACCCCGAAUCCACCGUGGAGGUGAACCUGCAGAAGGCCCUGGCGGAGGCGUCUGAGAACUGCACCCAGGAGUGUCUGAUCCUGGGCCACUCCGACAGCUGCUGGAUGCCCCCGGCCCUGGCCCACUUCCAAUCCCCCGGGAACAGCAGCACCAGCCUCGCAUCCACCCCCCCCAGCGCCACCAGCCACUCAACCAGCGCCACCAGUCCCCAUACAACCUCCACUGUCGCCGCCAUCAACACCACCCAGGGCACCCAGUCCGGCACCCUGCCCUCCUUCGGCUUCCAGAGCUGGUCCCGGGGGGGCAAGGAUAGCCUGAGCGGCAUGGGGGUGCUGAUGGACGGCCGGCACACACUGGGCCGCUCGGUGCCCCGCAAGGAGGAGCAGGACAAGGGCCUGGGGGGGGCACGGUUCUACAGCACCCUGGACCGGCACCACAGUAAGAAGGAGGAGCCAGUGAAGGUCAUCCCGCUGGCCAGCUUCUCCUCCUCCGGCCAGCAGCAGCACGGCUGCGGCGGUGGCAGUGGGAACUUCUUGCACGAGCACCAGCUUUAA